AUGAUGAUGAUGAUGUUCUCCAGAUCGAUUCCGGCCACGGCGGCCAAUCUCAUUGAGAGUAGCCAACUGCGCAGGAGAUAUUAUAGUGCACAAGUGUACGCACAGACACAAGGGUACUCUCUAUUCCUGUCAGUCUCACACUCUGGUGGGAUGACCACUCGACACGACCAGUGCGAGUUAAGGCGCAGGACUGACGGCUUUACGUGCUCGCCGAGGCACGGGGGUGAAACACCGCCAACUUCCCAACUCCGGGAUAUUAUUGAGGCUUACUAUACAGAAAGACUGAAUAAC